GUCGAUCAGACCAGUCCAAACCCAGGUGUUUCUGGACUGAGAGGCUGAACUGGAAGAAAAUGUCCAUUCCAAGGCCCCUUUUCAUUAUCUCUGAACGCAAAUGAACAGAAAAGAAGCCAUGGGCGAUGCAGAAGAGAUGGAAGUGCAAAGGGAGACAGAGGGGAUGGAGGACAGGGGUUUGUGCUGUGUCCAUCUCAUCCCGUGUCCUCAUUGCAGUUUGCCAGAAAAAGCACCGAGAAACCCUUUGCGCACUGACGGAGAAGCUCGCAGAAGACGCUUUCCCAGGGCACUCCAAGGGGCAUCAGAGUUUCCCCAUUUCCAGCCGCUACGUGGAGCUGAAGGUGGUCUCUGACUGUCACUUCAGGAAGCCGGUCCUCCAGGAACACGAGGUGCUGGAGGCCGCGGGGGAGAUGCACGAAUAUCGUCUCCGCAAGGAAACCGUGGUGGAGCUGGAGCGCAUCACUCCCGACCGCCUCUUUCGCUGGUGCGCCCGGUCUCACGGGGUGCCUCUCCUGGUGAUGCUGAGCGGAGUAGCUGGCGUGGGCAAAACAACGCUGGUGCAGAAAUUUGUCUUCGACUGGGCGAGGGGGAGACACUACCAGAAGUUCACCUUCGUUUUCUUCUUCAAGUUCCGGGAAUUGAGCGAGGAAAAGAUGAGCCUCGAAUCUCUGCUCUGUAAAACCUACCCAGACCUCAAGGAUACACUGAACAGGAUCCUGCAGGACCCUGAGAAGCUGCUUUUCAUCUUUGAUGGCUUGGAUGAGAGUAGGAGUGACUUGAUGCUAAGCAGAAGUGGGUCUCAGGGCCUGUGCACAAAGCCGAGGGACGUGAAGCCCGUCGGCGUGAUCGUUGCCAGCCUGCUGAAGCAGACGCUGCUCAAGGGAUGCUCCGUGCUGCUGACCAGUCGCCCCAGCAAGCUGGCCAGUCUGGAGGCCGGAGUUUUCCACACGGUGGCCAGCAUCGUGGGAUUCCUCUCCAGGGAACGGGAGAGAUACUUCACCAGUUUCUUCGGAGAUGACAAAACCUCAAGGGAGGCCUUGGCGUACGUGCGGGACAGUCAGGUUCUGUACACGCUGUGCUACAACCCGUCGUACUGCUGGAUCACGUGCACCGCGCUGCAGCCCUGCUUCGCGGCUGUCGCUGGGAAGCCGCAGCCCGUGCCCAAGACGAUGACCCAGCUCCUUGUGAGCUACCUCACCCACAUCAUGACCAGCCACAGCCAGGCACGGCCGGCGUGGGAGGACAUCCGAGGUAUUCUGGCUCGUUUGGGGUGGCUGGCUGACUACGGCCGUGCUAACCGCCUUCUCGUCUUCGAUGACAACUAUUUAGAGGCUUUCGGUGUGCAGAACUCUCCGUUCCUUACUGCCUUCCUGGUGGAGAACCCCAAUUGCUGGGAGCCGUGCGAAGUGACCUACUCCUUCUUUCACCUCACCCUCCAGGAGUUUUUCUCUGCUCUGGUACAUUAUCUUGAUUACCAGGAAACCAACUUAAAAUGUGUAUUGGACAAUGCCAGGUCUUGUAACGAAGGCAACUAUGAAAUCUUCUCUCGUUUCCUGAGUGGUCUUUCCCAUCCCGCAACCAGAGCUCCACUGGAGAGAUACCUGGGCAAGUUUUCAUGUUAUUGAGUGGCUAAGCAAGAUCGACUACAAGAAACUGCAGAGUGGGAAAGAGCCCAAAGAGAACAGGAAGCUGAUAAAUGUAUUCAGUUUGCUCUUUGAAUCCCGGAACAGCCAGCUUGUGUUUGAUGUGGUUGGCCAAGACGCUUUGCAUGGACUUUUCAGAGCUGUACCUCAUGCCUGUGGAUUGUGUGGUCCUCGCUUAUGUCUUGAAUUGCUGCAACAAGAUGGAGCGCCUGAUCCUGGAUUCUUGCUACAUCCAGGAUGAAGGCCUGGAGAAGCUUGGUGCUGAGCUGCACAAAAUCCGAAAGCUGAGGUGAGAAAGUAGCUGAGGAAGAGGGAUGGGAUACUGCCUUCACGGGAGAGCUUUUAUGAUGAGGAGCUACAAGGAUCUCACCAUAAGCCUUGUCCCAACCUGCCUUCAUCCCUAAAGCUGUGCUGCGGUGCUGCUGUGGAGCACCUCAUCUGGGGAGAGAGGCAUUUCAGCAUCUGGGAGAAAUGCGGUUCAGAGGAGAGCUUGGAGGAGGUCAGGAGGAGGCAGGCUGUGCUGUGAGCGGCGUGGGGAUGAUGGCUCGGGAGCAGAAAGAAGGAAUGAGGAAUGGAGGAAUGGAGGGAUCUGAGUGUAGAAUUGCGUAAAAGCUGCAGAUCUUAUUCCUUAAUCCUGCUGGUUGCUAGAUCACUUGCUGUGGAGGCCCUCGUGGGCCUAGCCCUGCUUUCCAGGCUUAGGUUUUCUUCUUCAACUUCCACAGUCUCAUUCAAAAUGAUCUAAAGGAUACUGCGAUGAAGGACAUCUGCGCUGCCCUAAUGAAGCCGGACUGUCGCCUGGAGAGCCGGAGGUACCUCUGGUCCACCUGGGGCUGCAGCCAGCUGCAUCCCCUUGCCACGAGCUGCAUUUCUUCGGGCUGCUGGUCCCUUGCCUUUUCUUUGGCCUCUCGCAGCAGCCCCACGCAGGCAUGGCCAUGCACGGCGGCAUCCAGGCCAUCCAGCAAAGACCUUGCAGAGAUCUCUUUCUCUCCCAGUUUGUGCUGUGGCUCCUAUCUGUCUCUCACCUGUAGCCCUCUGUGCCAUCCCUUCUGUUCUUCUUUUUCACCUCUCUUAAGAUAACUGGUCUGUAGCCUCUCACCAGUGUCUCAUUCCUGCCCUGCCUCAUCUGAGCUGUCACCAGUCCUUUUUUUGUCCUCAUCCCUUGUAGUAUCUCUCUUUCUAGCUUUCCUGUUUUCUGCCCUUUGUGCUGUUCUGACCUCCUCAUUCUCAUCAGCGCCUUCCUAUCCUUGUCUCCAUGCCUGUUAGCCUCGAGGAGAACGCCUUCACCGAACUGUGCUGUGAAGGUCUGGCCUUUGCCCUGAAAGAGAACAAAACCCUGUUGAGGCUUGACCUCAGGAGGAACAAGCUGCGGGACGAGGGCCCUUCCCACUUGUUAGGAGCGCUGGAGAGUCCAGAGUGCACGAUACAGAAAUUAGGGUGAGCGUCACCCAGAUGACCAUGGGCACAUGGCCACAUCUCAUGUUGGUGUGGAUCUCCGGCUCAUAUCUGUGUCCCAUCUUGUGUUACGUGCCCGUCACUGAGCAGAAAGGGAAAUUCA